AUGAGGCUCAUCCUCCACUCCGCCGACGAGCUGAGCGCGCAGCUGCACCUGCUGCAAGCCUCCCUAGAGGCGGAAUGCUCCGCGCCCGGAUCGGCGAGGCGGGCGCGCCUCCCGUUCAGCGCGGCGGAGGAGGCGCUGAUCACGUCGCUCUUCGGCUCGCUCGGCUUUCGGCAGCGGCGCCCUCGCCCGUGGAAGCUGAUGCUCGACACGGCGCGCCGUGACGCGCCCGGAGCGUGCCGCAGCGCCGUCGACCUAAAGGACAAGGCGGCCAACUUGGGGCUGCUGCAGCGGGCCGACGGGCUGGCUCGCUGGCCUGAGGCGCUCUCGCCUGGCACCGAGGAGAUCGACAGGGCGCUCCACUUGGAGGGCUUCUUGACGAGCACGGGCACGCCCUGGCCGCGAAGCAACGACGGACGCGUCGUCGUGCGCGCGCUGCUCCGCGCCGGCGUCGCCCCGCUCCCGGGCGGCGACGCUAGAGUCGCGCGCUACGUCAAGGAGCUGCAGGAGAAGGGAUACGGAAGGGCCGCGCGCGGAGGCUAG